AUGUCUGUUACAAAUAUUGAUCAAGCUAAUGUUGGUGAAAAUUUGCUUCAACAUCAGCAAGUGUCUGAAGCGAAAAAUAACGUAUGUACUAUAUGUGAUACAAAGGAUGCUCAUGAAAAAUGGCUUCGUUAUAACGAGGUAUGAUUCUAUUUACGUUUGCUUUCAUUGACAUAAGAGAUAAAAACUUCAUGUGUAACACAAACUCUGACUUUCUUCAGAUAUCUAUAGCGUUCAAUUGUUUUUCGUUUGAAAUGACGCAGCAACAUCUCGGUAAUAGAUAUGUUAUGAUUCCAACACAUCUUAGUAUUGUGAAUAUCAAGUGUUUAAGUUUUUCAUCAUAAAAUGUAUUGCCAUGAAUUUCAUUUUCUCGUUAGUUGAUUGCACAAGGAACAAUAGCAAAGUACGAUAUAGAAGGUAGUAGUAAAUUGGUAUUGAUGCUGUACACAGUAGAGGAUGCCGAUUGGCAUAUAAUAUUCGAAGAAAUCAAUAACAAAGAGCAUCCAGUGCGAAAAUUAGAAUUACGACCAAGAUACAUCGACAGUGAAUUGGUCGAACCUGGUUUCAUCGAAUUAACAAAAGCUAUUAAAGAUUGUACAGUAUUUAUCAAGGUCAGACUUUAUUUUGGUUCCUUUUCAGCGAGUAAAAAAAAAAUGACUGUUUUAUUGGAAACACUGAACAACAAUCAAUCCAUCAAACAUUUAUGACUGAUGUUAGAAGAUUGGGUCUUAGCAGUUGCGCGUGCAUUCAGGCAAAUAUUGACGGACAGUCGAACUUUGCUUUCUCUCAGCGUUUUCACCUCUGACGAAUCAGAAGAGUCCCAUGGGUAAGUAAAUCUGUCAUAGAUCAAAGUAUUGUUAUAUACUACUUUGCUGUUUAUGUUUCAGAUCUACUCCCUCAAC